AUGUUGAGCGAAAUGAAAAAAAGAUUUAACAACAAUUCAGAAUUUUUAACUGCUAUUUCAGUAUUCAAUCCGAUAUCGACCAACUUUUUAAAUGAUGAUUUUGUUUUAAAGUGUAUAAAUUAUUAUGGAGAUGCUAAUUAUUUCUCUGACCAAGUAAUAAGUCAAAGUAAAUUAGCAAAAAAUAUGUACAGUAGUUGUAAAAAUAUCAUAGGUUUUUACAACGAAAUAUGCAUUAUGGGGCAGUCAUUUGGAGAAAUUAAAAAAGUCAUUGAACGAGUGUUAGUUAUACCUGUAAGUUCAGCAUCGGCCGAAAGAAGUUUUUCAACAAUGAAAAGGAUAAAAACUUAUUUACGAACAUCUAUGUCUACUACACGUCUUCAUAAUUUAGCGUUAAUUUCUAUUGAGAGGGAGUUAAGUUUCGAAUUAAUUCAGGAUCCUACAAAGAUUGUUGACGAAUUUGCUAAAUUGAAAAAUCGAAGACUUCAAUUCACUAAAUAA